AUGAUUUUAAGCAACGUUUAUAAAUUAAUUGGAUUUUUAUUAAUUUUAAAAAUUAAACACAUUUUGGCCAAAGGAAAACUCUAUACUUCAGAUGCAAAAAAUGAAUAUUAUAUAGAUUUUGAAGAAAAGUUUAACUGGUUUGAAAGUCAGAUAGACUGUUUUAAAAUGAACAUGACAUUAGUGGAGGUUGAUACGAGUUCCAAAUCCUUGGAACUAAGUACGUUAAUCAGAAAAGUUCGUGAGGAAAAUAAUCUGAAAAAUACAACACUUUGGAUUGGAGGUUUUAUGAGCCAGUAUCCCAAAGAACAUUUUAUAUGGAUUUCAACGGGUAAACAAUUUACUUAUACCAACUGGUAUGGCAAAAAUCCAAAUUUCCUUAAAAAGGAAGAAUUUUGUGUUAAAAUGUUAAUGGCUCAGGAUUUACAGUGGAAUGAUAUUUCUUGCAUAAAUUAUUCGGGUUAUGUGUGUGAACACAGCAAGCAACAAGAGUUGCGAGCAAAACUUCAGGAAAAAUUCGAAGAAAGAGAAAAAUUGCAUGAGGAAUUGAAUAAUUUCAAAAAGACCUUAGAGCUGGAAACUCAAAACUAUUUGCAUGUGCAACAACAACUGCAACUAGAAGUGGAGAACAGAAAGACACAAAUUGAACAGGAAAAGGAAAGCAGUGAAAAGUUUGAGGAAGAUUUAAAAUUGGAAUUAAAAAAACAAAAUCAUUUACAACAAGAAUUAAAAAAACAAGGAGACAAUCAACAUGAGCUACAAGAACAGUUGCAACAAUUUGAGAAACAGGAACUAAAAGAACAGGAAGCACUGGAGGAGAACUUACAAACGGAAGUAAAAAAGAAACAGAACGUUUUAGAAGAACUACAAAAACAACAAGAACUACAAUUGCAGCUUCAAAAGGAAUUGAAAAAACUUAAAGAACAAAAACUAAAAGCCCAAGAGAAAUUCAAGGAGAAUUUAGAAAUCGAAAUCAAAAAGAAAGAAGAUUUACAUGAAACCCUACAACAGCAACAAAAAUUACAACAUCAAAUACAAGAACAAUUGCAACAAGUGGAGGAGCAACAUUUAAAAAGUGAGCAAAAAUUGAAAAAAGAAAUGCAAAAAAGGCAACAACUAGAAGCAAGACAACAACUAAAUUUCGAGCUCAUUUCUCAACAGGACAUGCAGGAAAAAUUGAAAUUAGAAGAGGAAUUACAAGAAAAACAACAACUACAACAUCAGCUACAACAGCAAUUACAAGAACUUAAAGAAGAAAAAUCAAAACUUGAAAAUGAUUUGAAAACAGAUUUACAAAAGCAAGAAGAACUAAAACAAGAACUGCAAAAACAACAAAAUUUGGUAGAACAACUACAAAAACAAAUAAAACUGCUAAAAGAGCAAGAAAAAGAAACUAAGGAACGUCUGGAGAAGAAACUGCAAGAAGAAAUCAAAAAACAAGAAAAUCUACAGCAAGAACUGGAAAAGCAACAAAACUUACAGGAACAAUUGCAACAGCAAUUGCAGCAAACUAACGAAAAUGAAGCGACUAAACAUGACAACCUUUUUGAAAAUUUACAAUUACAAAAUCAAAUUAAGGAUAAAUUAUUGCUGGCACCCAAAGAUAAUAAAUUGAAAAAAUACACAAAAUUUGAGAAGAAUUCUAAACAUCCACUCUUUAAAGGAGAUCUUCAAUAUUUGUUUAAAGGAUUUAAGGAAACCAGAGAAUUGCCAGAAGAUGAUAUUGUAACCAAUAGUGGACAUUAUAAUAUUAUAAUUAACUCUCCUUAUAUCAGAUAUUGGAAUAACUUUUAAAGAAUUUAAGUAAUUUUUUUGUUUUAAGAAUUUUACUUAGUUAUUGAGAUAUUAAUAAAAAUACGAUUUUGCAAAA